UAAUAGGAAAGAUUGGGUGCUCGGAGAUUAAGCCUAUUUGGCUGAACUCCGUUAUCAAAUUUUCUGGUGUCUUUAUUUUUAGUACUCAAUAUUAUUUGUCAGGUAUUUAUUUGUUAGUGUUCUGUUUGGUUCAAUUAUUCUGAAUCAAUUCAUUUCACUUAGUUGUUUCGUUUUAGUGGGAAAAUUACCCGAUUUUCCCAACAAGUGGUAUCAGAGCUAAGGUUUUGUUUGAGUAUGCUCUGUGGUUGCAGCUUUGUCUGAUCUUCCAUAUCAGAAAAGAAUUCCUUUGGUCCUUUUGAACCCAAGGUUUGUCCUAGGCUAAGGUUCUAUCUGAGUAUGCUCUGUGGUUGCAGCUCUACCUGAUCUUCCACAUCAGAAAAGAAUUACUUUGGUCCUAUUGGGUUGUUUGCAGUUGUUGUAAUAUUGAAUAUUUUUUAUCGAGUCUAUAAUGACAAAUAAAGAUCAAGAAAUGAAGGAUCUUAUUACAAAUAUUACGCCGGGGGCAUCGGGCUCCUCGUCAUUAUAGUCGAGGUUCCCGCUGUCCAGUCUGAAGUUGGCGGUGGAAAUAUUUGAUGGUACUAGCCAUUUUGGCAUGUGGCGAGGAGAGGUUUUGGAUUCUCUUUUCUAGCAGGGUCUUGAUAUUGCUAUUGAAGAAAAGAAACCAAAAGAGGUAGAAGAAAGAGAUUGGAGCAUCAUUAAUCGGUUGGCAUGUGGAACAAUUCGAUCGUGCCUGUCCAGAGAGCAGAAGUAUGAUUUUAAGAAUGAGACUUCUGCGCACAAAUUAUGGAAGGCGUUGGAGGAUAAGUUUCUGAAAAAGAGUGGUUAGAACAAGCUCCUUAUGAAGAAAAGGUUCUUCCGAUUUGAUUAUCAACAAGUGCCUACUAUGAAUGAAUACAUCACUAUGUUUAAUCAAUUAGUAGCAAAACUGUUGAAUUUAGAUGUGAAAUUUAAGGAUAAGGAUCUGGCUUUGAUGUUGUUAUCAUUUCUUCCCGAUGAAUUUGAACAUUUGGAAACUACGUUACUUCAUGGGAAGGAGAAUGUGUCGUUAGAUGCUGUUUGUCCUGCUUUAUAUAGUCAUGAAUUGAGAAAGUAGGAUAAGAUGAAAACCAAAUCAACAACAUCCAAAAAAACAUUGGCGGCAAGGGUUCGUCAGCAAAGCCAGACUAAUGGGAGAAGAGGAAGGUCCAAAUCGAAGGGCCAAGCUGUUGCCAAAGAUGAGUGUGCUUUCUGUCAUGAAAAAGGGCACUGGAAGAAAGACUGUCCGAAGUUGGAAAAAGAAAGGGAAGAGUCCGCAAGAUCCGCAACAUGCAAAUGUUGCAGAAUGCAAAAGUGAUGCAGAAUCAGAUGUUUCCUUAGUUGUUAUGCCUUCAACACUAUCUCAUCCAGAUGAGUAGAUAUUGGAUUCAGCAUGUACCUAUCAUAUGUUUCCCAUUCAGGAAUGGUUUUUUGAGUUUUAGGAACUCAAUGGUGGGGUUGUCUACAUAGGUAAUGAUAAUCCAUGUAAAACAACCAAGAUAGGUUCGAUCAAGCUGCGGAAUCAUGAUGGAUCCACCAGAAUUUUUUUGAGUUUCAGGAACUCAAUGGUGGAGUUGUCUACAUAGGUAAUGAUAAUUAAUGUAAAACAACCGGGAUAGGUUCGAUCAAGCUGCGGAAUCAUGAUGAAUCUACCAGAAUUUUGAGGGAUGUACGGUACGUGCCAAAGUUGAAAAAAAAUCUCAUCUCAGUGGGGGAUCUUGAAUCUAAGGGCCUAGUUGUGAUGAUACGAGAUAGUUCUUAAAGCAACUUCAGCAGCACUGGUGAUGUUGAAAGGCGUGAGGAAGAACAAUUUAUAUUACUACCAAGGUAGUACAGUGUUGGGGACAGUAGCAGCAGUAACUUCUAGCACCAAGAAGGAUGUUAAGGUAAUAGAGCUGUGGCAUAUGUGGUUGGGACAUGCUGGUUAAAAGUCCUUGCAAAUUCAUGCCAAGCAAGGAUUGUUGAAAGGUACGAAGACUUGCAAACUUAAAUUUUGUGAGCAUUAUGUUUUGGGAAAGAAACGAAGAGUGAAGUUUGGAAUUCAGAUGUGUGGGGACCUACCAAAACUCUGUCCAUCGGAGGUAGGCAUUAUUUUGUCACUUUUGUUGAUGAUUUUUCCAGGAAAUUUUGGGUGUUUACUAUGAAAACAAGGAUGAAGUGCUUGGAAUUUUCCUUAAGUGGAAAACUCAAGUUGAAAACUAGACAGAGAGAAAGAUCAAGGUUCUCCGAACAAACAAUAGAAGAGAAUACAAGAGUGAUCCAUUCCUGAAUGUAUGCCAAAAUUGUGGCAUAGUUCGACAUUUCACUGUUAGAAAAACACCGCAAUAGAAUGGGGUGUCAGAGCGUAUGAACAAGACACUUGUGGAGCAAGUUUGUUAUAUGUUGUCUAAUGUUGGGGUAGACAAAAAAAUUUGGGUUGAGGCUAUGAAGUACGCUCAACAUCCCGUCAAUCGUUUGCCAUCAUCUGCUAUAGGUGACAAAACUCCAUUAGAAGUAUGGCCUGGAAAACCUGGAACUGAUUAUGAUACUUUGCAUGUUUUUGGUUCUAUUGCAUAUUAUCAUAUGAUUGAAUCAAACUUGGAUCCAUGAGCAAAGAAGUCUCUUUUCAUGGGCUUCAAUGCUGGAGUGAAGGGAUACCGUUUGUGGUGUCUUGGGGCAAAGAAGACUGUUAUCAGCAGGGAUGUUACCUUUGAUGAAUCUUCCAUGUUGAACAAGGUAAAUCCAGAGAAAUCUGAUUGUACUAUGAAGCAGGUAGAGUGUAAUCUUAAGUAGGUGGAGUUUGAGCAAACAGUGGUGACCCCAGCAUGAAGCACCACCACUGACUCUACUAUGGCCGAAGAAGAGUCAGAUGAGGAAGAGGUUCUGACUCAAAGAACCUCUGCAACAAUCAAAACCAAUUGCAGUUAUAAGACAUAGACAAGAAAUUCAGAAGCCUGCUUGUUUCACUGACAUGGUAGCUUAUGCACUUUCAGUUACUGAUGAACAUGUUCCAUCCACCUAUCCACCCAGAGGCCAUUCAAAGCACAGAAAGUGGCAGUUGGGCAGGUACAAUGGAAGAAGAAAUGCAAUCUCUUAAGAAGAACGAGACAUGGAAGCUGACACAACUAUCGAAAAGCAGAAAGAGAAUUGAGUGUAAAUAGGUAUUUGCAAAGAAAAAAGGAUUUCCUGAUAAAGAAGGCAUUCGCUACAAGGAGGGAAUUGAUUAUAAUGAGGUAUUUUCUUUAGUUAAAAAUUCCUCCAUUAGAAUUUUGUUGGCCUUGGUAGCACAGUUAAAUUUGGAGCUAGCUCAACUUGAUGUGAAGACCGUAUUCUUUCACGGUAAUUUGAAGGAAGAAAUCUAUAUGACUCAGCCAGAAGGAUAUAAGUUUGCUGGUAAAGAAGAUUGGGUUUGUAAACUUAGAAAAUCAUUGUACGGACUGAAACAAUCAUCAAUCAUCGAGACAGUGGUACAAACGAUUUGAUAGGUUCAUGAAGGGUUAGAAGUACAGGAGAAACAAAUACGAUCAUUGUGUGUAUUUGCAUAAACUUCAAGAUGGUUCAUACAUCUACUUACUUUUAUAUAUUAAUGAUAUGCUGAUUGCAGCAAAGAUCCAAGUUGAGAUUGACAGAUUGAAGGCUCAAAUGAGUAAAGAGUUCGAGAUGAAGGAUUUGAGAAGGCCAAGAAGAUUCUCGGCAUGGAGAUAAGUAGAGAUAGAGAGAGGGGCAAACUUUGGCUGUCACAGAAGCAGUAUUUGAAGAAGGUACUACAACAUUUUGGUAUACACGGUGAUACAAAACCUGUAAAUACCCAACUUGCUCCUCAUUUGAAACUAAGUAGCAGAUUAUCUCCGAUAACUGAUGAAGAGCGAGAACACAUGGCAAAAGUCCCGUACGAGCUGUUAGUGUAGUUAGAAGGUACAUGCAUGAUCUAGGCAAGGGUCAUUGGCAAGCUGUGAAAUGGAUUCUGCGGUAUCUCCAAAAUAUCGUAGAUGUUGGAUUGACAUUCGAGCGGGAUAAAUCACUUGGUCAAUGCAUAGUUGGAUAUUGUGAUUCUGAUUAUGCAUGUGAGUCGGAUAAGCGACGAUCUACAACUGACAAUUUGUUCAAUUUAGCAAAGGUGCCAUUUGGAAGUCUACCUUGCAGUCUACAGUGGCUUUGUCUACAACAGAGGCUCAUGGGUUGCUUAAAGACUUGGGAGUUGAUCAGAAACAACUUGAGGUGUAUUUUGACAGUCAGAGUGCUAUUCAUUUAACAGAAAAUCAAGUCUUUCAUACACGGACGAAGCAUAUUGAUGUUCGCUAUCAUUUUGUGCGGGAAAUUCUCGAAGAGGAGGAGCUCCAGAAGAUUUAUACUACGGAGAAUCCUGCUGACCAAGCUGGUUACAAGGGCCAAGUUCAAACACUGUUUAAACUUGGUUAAUAUCCUGCACAUUUGAAGUUGGUGCCUCAUGGCGCAAAAUUGGAAGCACCGCAAUUUUUUUUAUUAGUUGUUUGAUUGAGAAGAUUUGUAUUUUGGUGGGAUUAAAAUUGAGCCUAGGUGGAGAUUUGUUGGUUUUUUGGCUCUUUUUUUUCUCCCACAUCAUUCUUUUACAAUUUGGGGAGGAGGUUUUAAAGUUAUAAAAGAACUCUUCCUCCUCCCAGUUAAUCAUCCCAAAAUUGUUCUCUUCUCCCACAAUUAAUAGGAAAGGUUGGGUGCUCGGAGAUUAAGCCUAUUUGGUUGAACUCCGUUAUCAAAUUUUCUUGUGUCUUUAUUUUGGUAUUUAUUUGCUAGUGUUCUGUUUGGUUCAAUUGUUCUGUAUCUUAUAUAUUGACAGGUAAUAGACAGUUCUCAAAGUGGAAAGGUUCAAUAGUAGAUUCUGUUGCUGGGGUUUUCUUGGCUCAAAAUGUGGCGGACAACUUAUCAAGCUCUGCUUUCAUGUCCCUUGCUGCUCAAUAUCCUUCUAAUGAAGUCAGAUUCAAAUCAACAUUCCACAACGGAAAUGGAAAGACCAGUCUGGAGAAAUCUUCGAAAGGACAUUCUAAUAAGAACCGGGGGAUAAACCGAAGAACAAAUAGGAAUGGAGGGAAGAAGAAAAAGGAGGAGACAAGAUAUCAACAGGCUGAACCAAUCUUAACUAGGAAAAGUAAAAAUGCAGACUUGAAAAGUGAAGCCAUUACAUGGGAAAAUAUAAGGACGUUAUCUUCCUUUAUUAAUCCCAAAGAGAGAAGUGAUAGCACGUUAGAUGCCAUAGAUUGGCAUGCAGUCCAUGCUGCAACAGCGGAAAAGAUAUCGGAAGCUAUCAUGCAAAGGGGAAUGGACAAAAAGCUUGCACGAAGAAUCAAGAAUUUUAUCCACCGCCUGAUCCUGGAACAAGGGAAUGUGGAUCUAGAAUGGCUACGUGAAGUUCAACCAGAAAAGGCUAAGGAAUACUUGCUGAGCAUUUAUGGGUUGGGAGUGAAAAGUGUGGAAUGCAUAAGGUUGCUAACUCUCCGACACCAAGCCUUCCCAGUGGAUACUAAUGUAGGACGAGUACUCGUGCGACUGGGUUGGGUACCUAUUCAACCACUUCCAAGAGGAAAAAAAAUGAAUCUUUUGAAAAUGUACCCGGAUGUCAAAGAUGUUCACAAGUAUCUCUGGCCACGGUUAUGCACACUCGAUCAUCUAGCACUAUAUGAAUUUCAUCAUCAGAUGAUUACCUUCGGAAAGGUAUUCUGUACAAAAUCAAGCCCAAAUUGUAAUGCAUGUCCAAUGAAAGCAGAGUGUAGACACUUUGCAAGUGCUUUUACAAGUGAAAGAGUUCUCCUGACAGGGCCAGGGGAAAAGAGCUCCGAAAAUAUUGAUACCUCCUUAGCACCUCUAGACAGUACACGGCAUGCUGACAGUUCUCAAGCAAAUAUUGUUUCUUAUGUUGGGGAGGCCUCAAAUUCACAACAUUCGAUAGGAGAUCACCAAAAUGAGCUUAUCACCUAUCCAGCGCUUGAAUGUAUUGGAGAAACAAACAUUGAAGAUUAUGGUGCCAGUGACAUACCUACCAUCACAUUUGAUCCCAAGGCAUUCAUGGAAAAUUUGUUAAGCUACAUAGAUGAGAGUGAUCUCUCAAUAAACGACACUGAUUUGUCUAAGGCAAGGGUCAUUGCCACUCAAGAAGUGCCUUUGCCUAAAUUGAAGCAUAUAGGUCGGUUAAGGACGGAGCACCAAGUCUAUGAACUUCCAGAUUCACAUCCUCUGUUAGAAGGGCUAGAGAAGCGUGAACCGGAAGACGCUUGCCCAUAUCUCCUGGCUUUAAGGACACCAGGAAAUGCAGCUUCAGAAGAACCUACAAAAGAGAAGCGUGAAUCCUGUAAUUGCGAUGGAACUCAAAACGAGGUCGAUGCAUCAAAUAUUCAGACUGUUAGUGGGACACUUCUGAUUCCUUGUCGAACAGCGAAUAAGGGAAAAUUUCCACUCAAUGGAACCUACUUCCAAGUAAAUGAGGUUUUUGCGGAUGAAGAGUCCACUCAACAGCCAAUUGAAGUUCCAAGGGUAUGGAUAUGGAAUUUGCCAAGAAGGACCCUAUACUGUGGCACCUCCAUCAGAGCAAUAUUUAAAGGGAUGUCAACAAAAGAAGUACAACAUUGCUUUUGGAGAGGGUAUGUAUGUCUGAGAGGCUUUAACCGCAAAACGCGAAUACCUGGACCUCUUCCUUAUGACCUUCAUCGUCCAAUAAGCAAGUCAGGAAAAGCAAAAAGGUCUUCACAAGAUUGAAGAGAAAGAAAAUUGUGUACAGUUUUUGGAUUAAGCACGCUGUUUUUUUUUCUUUUUGCUUUUUCUUCCCACGUCCAAUUACGUAUAGCCUAAAGUUGAAUUGAAAAAACAAUGAAAACAAAUUCUUAUGUGAAAUCAUGAUAGUUGAGUAAUUAAAUGAA